AUGGGUCUUGGGAUGAAAUAUGACGAAGAAAGCAAGGUGGUUGACGAUGGAGGAGAGGGUGGCGGUGGUGGAGCUAAUUCGUUUGAUUCUGUCUCAUGUUCAAUUUGCCUUGACGCUGUUAUCGAUAAUGGGGAUCGAUCGUUGGCUAAGCUUAAAUGUGGCCAUCAAUUUCAUCUUGAUUGCAUUGGUUCAGCAUUCAAUAUGAAAGGAACAAUGCAAUGCCCUAAUUGUCGAAAGAUUGAGAAAGGUCAAUGGCUUUAUGCUAAUGGUGGCCGGUCAUAUCAUGAUUACAGUAUGGAUGAUUGGACUCAUGAUGAGGACCUUUAUGACCUUAGCUACUCUGAAAUGUCCUUUGGAGUUCAUUGGUGCCCAUUUGGCAACUUGGCGAGACUUCAAUCAUCUUUCGAGGACGGAGAAUUUUCAUCAAGUGCAUAUCAUGAUAUACUGGGAGGACAACAUGCUGUAUAUGCUGAGCAUCAUAACACAGUUGUAAAUUCUGUUAAUCAUCCUUGCCCAUAUGUUGCAUAUUUUGGAGCAAUACAUCCAUCUUCCUCCAACUCAGGUGGAAAUGUUUCAGAGAUUUCCACCUUCAGUCAUUGGAAUGGUUCAUCUGUGCAUAGUGACAUGCCCACUUCCUACACGUAUCCUACUUUGGAUCUUCAUUAUCAUAGUUGGGAACAACAUUCCCCUCCUUUCUCUACAUACAGUAGUCGUCUAGUUGCCGGUGCUCGCCGGUCGAUAUCUCCUCGGACUCAAAGGCCAUCCAGGGGUGGCUCAGAGGUACCAAGAUCAAGUUCUUAUAUGCAUCCUCCUGGGGGUCACAGUUCUUCAGGUUCUGUGAGCUCAGUUACUUCCUCAAUGCUACCUCCUUAUCCUGGUAGCAACGCUCGAUCCCGUGAUAGUGUUCAAGCGCUUCAAGCUUACUAUCAAUCACCAAUGCGAACACACGUUCCUUCUGGAUCCCGAAGAUCUGGUAAUCAUAGUGGAUCACCUCAAAUUGCACCAUUUUCCACAUCACCGGACCAAAGCGGUUUCUUUUUUGUCCCAUCAAGUUCUUCAGGUCGUAGUAGUUUUCCAGAAGAUGCAUGUCUCCCAAGUCGCUACCAUGCUUGGGAACGAGAGCACAUAUCUUCUUUAAGCAUUGUUGAUAGAGAUUCAGGCUGGAGACAAUACCACCAAACUGUUGGUAGGUCAGAACGCUCUAGCAACUAUCGAUUAAGGCGUGCAUCCGAAAGAAUGCAUUCCCAUAAUCGAUGAUACAUUCCUCUUCACUGUCAACCAAGCAUCCAUUAGAUAGUUUUCCUGGUUACUACGUGGCAGCGUGAUGGAAAUAAGAUAGUCAGAAAAAUCAGGUGUUAUCUGGAGGAAAUAGUGAGUAGAAAGAACAUUAUCAGUUGGUAAGGGAUAAAUGAAGUUUGAUGGAAGUAGCUACCCACCUACCGUUCACCGUUGUAUCUGUAAGACUGUAAUGGUCAACUAUGUUAUGUUUCUCGUGGGAUGUUUUAUUUUUGAGAAUUUGAGUAAUUUUAUAUCUGCUGCGUGGCAGUGCUAAUGACUGAACCAGGGUAACCUUGAAGUUCACAGCAGGGUCUAGGAAAUGUUUGAUUUUUUUUUAGUGCUAUAUGUGUUACAAAACACACCAAUUAUCAUCACAGACGAUUAUUUCUAUUCUAUUUUUACUUCUGCUACAUAUAUCUGCAUUCAUAAUUUUUUAAUGAUAACAUGGUUG